AUGGCUUCAAAAUCUUAUAUAAUAUUAGGAACAGCUCUUCUUUUAAGUUUGAUACACUUAUAAGAUCAGAUUGGUGUUGAUAUCACUAAUUAACAUCACAUAUGGAUGCUGAAACAUAAUAAAUAAUACUAUUCUGCCCUUGAAUAAGAGUAUAAAAAUAAAAAUAGUUUUUAGAUAUAGAAGAAAAGUAUUUGACUAAAAUCUUAAAUUAAUUGAAGAGACAAACUAAAAAUAGAAUGACUUUGUGUUAGAAAUUAAUGAAUUCGCUGAUUUAACAUCAGAAGAAUUUUCAAUUAAAUAUUUACAAUAUGAUCAUCAAUAUACAAAUUACCAAGCUGUCUAACAAUUUAAAGAUGAUUAAAAUUUAAAUGCAGACAUUGAUUGGUCAUCAUAUGCUGGAAGUGUUCGAAAUUAAGGAUAAUGUGCCUCAUAUGUUUUUUUCACCUUAGAUCUUUUGGAUACAAAUAAUAAAAUCAUUAAAAACAUUUAUAAUCCAUUAUCAUAACAAGAUUUAAUCGAUUGUACAUAACCAUACGGGAAUAAAGGAUGUUCAGGUGGAAAUGUAGGAAAUUCUUUGAAUUAUGUAAAAGAUAAAGGAUUAGCUUAUGAAAAAGAUUAUCCAACAACAUCAACAAGCGGAGCCUGUAAAAGUGUUUAAAGAACUUUUCACAUCUCAAAUUAUAUUACUAUAAAAAACUGUGAUAAUUUGAUUAAAGCUUUAUCUAAUUCAACAGUUACUGUAUCAGUUGAUGCAUCUUCUUGGUAAUUUUAUAAAAGGUAAGUAUUUUCUUAAUAAAUUUAGUGGAAUAUUGACUUAAUGUGGAACUUCUUUAAAUCAUGGUGCAUUACUUGUUGGAGUUACAAAUGAUGGAGUAUGGACAUUGAAAAAUACUUGGGGUUCAAGUUGGGGAGAGAAAGGAUACAUUAGAUUAGGAGCAGGUAAUACUUGCGGAGUUUGUAUGAAUGGAUUGCAAUAAGUAUUUUGA